UUUUUUUUUUUUUUUUUUGAACUUUUUUUUUUUUCAAUGCGAAACCGCUUGGCCGAACUCCAAUCGGCUGCUGCCGAAUCGCCCGAGCCAAACCCGUUCGCGCUGGACGAGCCCGAUGUCCCGUCGGACGGCCAGGAGGGCAUCGCCAUGCAAGGGAUGAACGGCGGGACGUCGCCGCCGGAUGGCUACCUGAGCAACGCAACCGAGACGGACGACGAGCAGUUUAUGGCAGAGUUCUUUGCCAUGGUCUCGGACGUCCGCCGCCUCAUGGCCGACAUUGAAUACAAGAUCCAGAGCAUCGAGACCGAGCACGGCCAAGCACUCGCGGCCAUCUCGCAAAAGCAGUCACAAAAGUCCAGCGAGCAAUUGGAAAAACUCAUGCAAGAAGUCCAGGUGCUGGCAAACCAAGUCCGAAAGAAGCUCAAGGAGAUGGACAAGGACAUUGCCUCCAACGCCGGUAGCCAACUGCACGAUGCAGGCACGCGUAUCAAAGAGAGCCAGAAAUCCAUUUUGUCACGCAAGUUUGUCAAGUUGAUGAACGAGUAUAACGAGAUUCAAACCCAGUACAAGCAAAAAUACCGAGACCGUGUCAAGCGUCAAUUAAAGAUUGUCAAACCCGGCGCAACAGCCGAAGAAGUCAACCAGGUGCUGGACAGCGAUCGCGAUCCAGGCGCAAUUUUUGCCAACGAAAUCAUGUCGCACGCAGAGGCACAGCAAGCUCUCGAGGACAUUCAAGACCGUCACAAGGACAUUGUCAAGCUCGAAAAGAGCAUUCGCGAGCUACACGAGCUCUUCCUCGACAUGGCCAUUCUCGUCGAGCAGCAGGGUGAGAUGAUUGAUCGCAUCGAGUUCAACGUCGGCCAGGCUGCCGAUCACGUUGCCGAGAGCAAGAAGGAACUCAAGCACGCUGCGCGCUACCAGGGCAAGGCCAGGAGGAAGAAGAUUAUGAUUGUUAUUCUCUUGAUUAUCGCCAUUUUGAUUAUUAUCUUGCCGUCCAUUCUGCGGCGUUAAUUGCGCGCUGGAGUUGUGGCUUGCACAUGACUUUGCUGGUUUGUCGUUUUGUUUUUGUUUUUUUGGAGUGUGUGUCUGUGUACGUGUGGCGUUUAUCAAGCUUUGUCUAUCUGGUGGAUGGCUGUUUUCCAUCUCUGGUAUUGCUGUUGCAAUCGCUAUAAACCAUUUGGAUUGGAUUGGA